AUGAGUGUGAGUAGACUAUAUCUGGAUCUGAGUGUUUGAGAGCAGACAGAGAGAGAGGCGGUGUGUUUCUUCUCCUCUUUGUCCCUCCUCCACCAUAGUACUCCUCCUCGCGCCGCAGUUGGUCUCUUCUCGCAUCCCGUCGCGAACAGGAUGACUCACAACAACCUUCACUUCACCCUCACCUUCAUUUAACCCAGCCAGUGUGUAUCCACACACACACACUUGCCCCAUUUCUACAUCCAUUCCCUGCUGAAACGGCGGCAGCAUGAUGUCCGACACGGCGGCGGCGGCCGCUGCUGCAUCAUCGGCGAGCAACAUCAGCAGCAGCAGCAGCGACAGCGAGAGCUCGCGACACAGACACCGAGCGCAGGGAGACGCGGAGCGGCCAGAGCAGCAGCAGCACAGCGCUGCCCCUCAGCCCACAUCAGCGGGCGUUUUGGAUAAAUUAUUUGGGAAGCGGCUGCUGCAGGCCGGGAGACACAUCAUGUCCCAUAAAUCCUGGAUGAAGACGGUGCCCACAGAGAACUGUGAUGUCCUUAUGACGUUUCCAGACACCACAGAUGACCACACGCUGCUCUGGCUUCUGAACCACAUACGGCUCGGCAUCCCAGAGCUCAUUAUCCAGAUCCGACAUCACAAACACACCAGGAUGUACGCCUUCUUCGUCACGGCCACAUACGAAAAUCUUUUACGAGGGGCUGAAGAGAUGGGACUGCAGAAAGCUGUGAAGCCGGAGUUUGGUGGCGGCUCUCGCAGUUUCUCCUGUGAGGAAGAUUACAUCUACGAGAACAUUGAGAGUGAACUCUGUUUCUUCACCUCACAGGAACGUCAAAGUAUAAUCAAAUACUGGCUGGACAAUCUCAGAGCUAAACAUGGGGAGGCCCUUCACAACAUCCACUUCCUGGAAGGGCAGCCAAUCAUUGCUGAGCUGAGGGCGCGAGGUGUGAUCCAGCAAGUCUUCCCGCUUCAUGAGCAGAGGAUUCUGGGACAGCUGAUGAAGUCGUGGGUGCAGGCCGUGUGUGAAAAACAGCCACUGGAUGAUAUUUGUGAUUAUUUUGGAGUGAAGAUUGCCAUGUACUUCGCCUGGCUGGGUUUCUACACAACUUCCAUGUUAUAUCCAGCUGUAAUUGGCUUUGUAUUGUGGAUGCUCACAGAAUCAGAUCAGACCAGCAGGGAUAUCUGUUGUGUGGUGUUUGCUCUCUUUAAUGUGGUGUGGGCCACGUUGUUCUUGGAGCGCUGGAAACGCAGAGGGGCGGAGCUCGCCUAUAAGUGGGGUACACUGGACACCCCAGCUGAGUCACUGGAGGAGCCCAGACCCCAGUACAGGGGUGUAAAGCGGUGCAGCCCAGUGACGGGCUGUGAAGAGUUUUAUUACCCACCGUGGAGGAGGAGAGUGUUCAGAUGGCUGGUCAGCUUUCCUGUCUGUAUAUUAUGCCUUUGCUUUGUAUUUCUGGCCAUGCUUGUCUGCUUUGAGCUUCAGGAAUUUGUGAUGGGAAUUAAGGAGCUUCCACGUGUAGCAAGAUUCAUCCCUAAAAUCAUGUUGGCCAUCACUGUGACGGCGUGCGAUGAGGUGUACAGAAAGAUCGCCUGCUGGCUAAAUGACAUGGAAAACUACAGACUCCAGAGUGCCUAUGAGAAAAAUCUCAUCAUCAAAAUGGUUCUUUUUCAGUUUGUAAAUUCUUAUCUCAGCCUUUUCUAUAUUGGAUUCUACCUCAAAGACAUGGAGCGUCUGAAAGAGAUGCUGGCCACACUGCUGAUUAUCCGGCAGUUUGUGCAGAACAUGAAGGAAGUCCUGCAGCCCUACCUGGCCGAGCGGCACCGACUGGGUGAGCUCACGCUGCGGGCCGUUUGGGAGCUGCUGGUGUCUGCACUGCUCAAGUAUGGGCGGCUUGCAGCAGGACGAGCACAAGUGUCGCCCAGUGACCCCACCGUGCUCGGGUCAGGCCUGCACGGGCCACAGAUGGGUGAUGAGGGACGGGAACGCAAGUGUCUGAAUGGUGGCUGCGGCGUCCCAGAUGAGGAUGUGGAGGAGGAGCCUGGGGAGAGGCACAGUGAAGAAGAUAACGAAUCGGAGAGCCUCAUCGACUGCGGCCUGAAGCUACGGAAGGUCAGUUUCAUUGAGAAGGUGGAGCGUAAGUCCGCAAGCUGCGUCAGCCCGGUGCACGACAGCUUCCUGGAGGAGGGGAGCCCCACCAUGGUGGAGAGGGGCAUGGAUCCUGCCUCGGUUUUCGAGAUGUGUGAUGAUGAUGAUGAAAACGGGGUUGCGGAGAUGAAGGAGCUGACAGCCGAGCCGCUGCCAGCGGGAGUGGAGAACAACACGUCAGUCAGGCUCAGGAAGAGGGGGCGGAGCUUAGAGAGGGCUGACAGUAAGAGAGAUUCGUGGAUGGAUCCUCCUGAGGAGCAAGAAACCACCACGUUAACACAGGCCGAGAUGGAGAGCUGCAUGCAGACAUACCAGGACACUUUCCAGGACUACCAGGAGAUGUUUGUUCAGUUUGGAUAUGUGGUGCUCUUUUCCUCUGCCUUUCCAUUGGCCGCCAUGUGUGCCCUCAUUAACAAUAUCAUUGAGAUCCGGAGCGAUGCGUUUAAACUGUGCACCAGCUUACAGAGACCUUUCAGCCUGAGGGUGGGGAGCAUCGGGCAAUGGCAGACAGUGAUGGAAGCCAUGGGUCUGAUUGCCAUCAUAGUGAACUGCUAUCUGAUUGGUCAGUGUGGGCAGCUACAAAGACUGUUUCCCUGGCUUAGUCCUGAGAUGGCCAUUAUCUCCAUCGUCAUCCUAGAGCACUUUGCAGUUCUACUGAAGUAUAUCAUUCAUGUGGCAAUACCAGACAUCCCCACCUGGGUUGGGGAGGAAAUGGCCAAGCUGGAAUUUCAGCGCAAAGCGGCAUUUAAGAAGCAUGAGCGUCAGGCACAGCAGCAUUUUCAGGAGCAGCAAAGGAGGAAGCGUGAGGAGGAGGAGCGGCAGCGGCAGGCGGAUUAUCAGGCCCGGCGUGAUCGAGACGACGGCCGCUCGGACUCCUCGGGUGGCGACCACCACCACGACAAGAGCCACAGUGGCAAAUCCAGACCAGGGGGUGGGGGGGAUAAACCCAAACGUCCCAGCUCGCUUCUCGGAAACAAUAAUGUCAUGAAACUGAAGCAGAUCAUCCCUCUACAGAACAAGUUUUCUUCUGGAACAGCCCGUUCUCCACAGUCACCCACAAGUAGCGAACCCAAACUACCGGGUUUCCUCAGUUUUAAGUUCCUAAAGUCACCUGAGAACAAAAAGGAGGCAGCGGCGGCUUCCGCUAGUGUGUCGACAGCUCCUCCAGUCCAGGAGAGGGCAGAAAGGUCCCAAUCACCUAACAAGUCCUUCAAUCCUGGGAAACUGUUUAACUUUGGGAAAUCAGAAGGAGGGGCAUGUGUAAAUGGGGCUCAGCCUUCAAAACCAGGGGAUGGGGGACAGGUGCAGGACAAGCCCCCAACAAAGUCAGACCUCAAUGGGGUCCCUGACGAAAUUCCAUCCCCUUGUGGAGAGAAUGGGGAUAAUGGAUCCUCAUCCGAUGCUGAUCCAUCAGGACCUAAGGUGUAACAAAAAAAUGAUUAAAAAAAACAGUGUGAGAAACUACUUAGUAACACUGAGGGCAGGAGAGUAGGAAUGUUUUUGAGGCUGUGCAAGACUUGACCUGGAAGCUGUUAAGUAAAAUAAUGGGGGAUUCACUAAAAGCCCAGGUGUACUUCAUUGUCAAACUGACAAUUUCAUUUUACAACUGAGCGUGCAAGUGUUCUUUAUUGGCGCUGAGCAUAGAUGGAUGUGUUCGGCACAUGCGCCACCUAGUGGACUUCUAUUUUUGGAGUAAUGAAAUCGCUUGCACAUGUACUGUUGUACACACACAAGUCCAAAAAUUGGGCUGCAAGCAGACGGUGUUCACGGCUAAUAAUGAAAAUUGUGUCACGUGGACUGUUCUCAAGCCAGAGCAGAACACGGACUAGGGAAGUUUAUUUUUGGCUUUAGAAUACAUUGGGUCCGCAGAUUAACAUUGUGUAUUUGCAUGUGUUGCGUGCUUCGUUUUAGCACCCAGUUCACUGAAGUGAUCGUAUCAGGUAAUAGUCAGUACCAGAGGUCGACUGAUAAUGCAUUUUACCGAUAACAAUUUAGGUUGGACCGCACUUGCCGAUAACCAUCCACUAGUUUUUAAAAUGGAUACUGAAUGAAAACAAACAUAACACUCCAGCCUGAUCUCACGACAAUUUAUACAUAUUUUAAGAGGUGGCUAAUUCAUACAAAUUCGUACAACCUAACUCUAAAUCGUACGUAUUUUACGAGUUGCACAAAAAUUUGUACGAAUGACCUAUACCUAAACCCACCCCUAAACCUACUAGACAAAUCAAGUGAGGUCAUACGAAUUCGUACGAAUUAACCACCUCAUAAAAUACUUAUGAAUUAGUCAUGAGAUGACAGCGUUGAACACUCCAAUAAAAUAGUGCAGACCUUUCUAACAGAAAAAAACACAGUACUGAACCAUGAAAAUAUACUGUACUUUUUAAAUUAUAUAUAAAACAACGACUUGGGUCAAAUAUAAUCUAAUUUAAUGGAAAAUCCCUUUUAUAAUUUGGAUUUAAAUGUUAUGUUUAUAUGUUUCUGUCAGCUGCAUGAACAUCAAUUUGAUUUCUUACGUCACUAGCUUUAAAUAUGCAACUUUGCUGAUAAACAAAUGCAUAAAAGUGACCAGCUGGAGAUAAACUAAUAGAAAUCGUGACAUUAAACAUUUGGGUCGGACAUUUCGUCACCAAAAUAGGAAGCGCGUGCUGUAUACGCACAAUCCAAUUUUUGUAAUCAUGCGUACAAUGGCCAUGGUUUCACAGAAAAUGAAACUGAAGAGACAGAACAACAACAACAACAAAAUAUGAAGUGUACAACAACAACAACAGACACCCGCAUUGACAAGCGCUUGUGUGAGAGGGUUAUGACAAAACCCUGAAAAACUAUGGAUUUAUGCCAGUAACUAAUUAUUCCAGCAAUCGUUUAUCUAUGCCGAUUAAUCGGUAAAACCAAUCAAUCAGUUGGCCUCUAGGGUGCUUGCACCUUAUUUCCAGACAAACGCUGACAGAUAGCAAGCGGUAAAAUGUUUUACUUUUUAAAAAUGACAAAAAAAAUUGCUUGCUGCUGGAAAAUGUACACAAACAUCCAUUUUAAAUACAAAUCCGUUUUCCGAAAGUGCUAAUCUAGCACGUUUUAUAAUGCACUUCAUUCGCACAGAAAGUAAGAUGACAAGAACGUUGACGUAAUUUAAAUACGCAUGGCGCAGUGCAAUAUCGGCGCAUAUAUAACCUGGUUAAGUUGGAUUGCAGCUGGUAAAUGACGCAUGGUUUCGUGCGGAAACGCUACACGCUAGUGGUGCAACUGUUUAGUGAAUUCGCCCCAUAAUGGUCAGUGCUUUGCUAUAUUUCAGAAGAACUUCAUAGAAAAGACCCCCCUCCACACACACACACUUAUUCACACACACAACUUGCCUUUUCUGCAAUCCAACUAAGAAUACAUGAGCUGCGUUUCUGACCGUUUUUAAAGUGCAAUGUUUAAUUACUAGUCUGAUAAUUGUAAGAUUUUAUUGGGUUGCCGGUAGAAAAACAAACAAACAUGCAAAAUCAUUUACCAAACAUUUUAUACCAGUCACACAGUACUACCCCCAAAAUAUUAUAACAACUAUAAUCUCACAAGCAGCAGUUCCAACUAUGGUUGAUGAAAACUUUUGUAUGCAUUUAAAACAGCUGAUUUAGUACAGCAAUAGCAACUUUACAAGCAAAAACUACUGGUGGUUUAGUAAAUCCAUGCUGUAUAACAGGCUCUGAAUGGCAAUAUUCUCUUAUGAAUUAAUAAGUGAAAAUCAGUAAUGGAAAAAGCAAUUAAACAAACGCAAACACUGUACACAAAGGCAGCAGGAGGGGCUGGAUAGAUACCUGUGAGGAAAAUUGCCACCAAUAUCCUUAUCAUGGCUCUGAAACUUCAAGCUGAUAUAUUACCUAUAGUGCAGACUUUAACCCUUCGUAACUUCAUCACAUCAGAUUGGAAACUACCCUAAACUUAGCAAGAUACUGUUGAAACCGCAGGAAGACAGAUGUACAGACAUUUCAUACACCUCCAGUCAAACAUUUGGACGUACUGAAAAACUUUUUCAUUAAAAGGCUUCUGCUUAAAUACUUCAAAUAAGUUUUGCAGACAUUUAUUAUUAUUAUUAUUAUUAUUAUUUAUAUAAACAUUUUAAUAAAAAAAUGAAAAAGCUGACUUUGAAGGAGCUUAAAUAUAAGAUAGCUCUGUUAACAUUUAUGGUCACUACAUAAAUCAUAUACAUUAUUAUAUAUAUGAAUUAUACAUAUAGUUCAGAUAUUUCCAGUUGUAUUUUUUCAUAUUAGUCACAUUUUUCAAAUGUGUUUCCAAACUGUUGAUUAAUAAUUAUAAUUAUGAUAAUGAUUUGAUAGUUAAACAUUAAUGAGUCAUUAUCCUGCAAGCCAAUGUAAACGGCCUCAUUACAUAUGAAAAUGCUGUAUUUUAUUUUUAUUAAUACACUACUGAAAUAAUCCAGUCACUACUAUUAAUCUACUUGUUGCCAACUUUAAUUUAUUCAUGCCUACCUAAUACCUAUGUUUUGUUUUUUGUUUUUUUAUUGAAGCAAAAGUAAUAUUUGCCUCCUCUUUGCACAUUAUUUUAGUGUAUGUCAUAUUGUUUUUAGCACGUGCUUGGGUUUGUAAAUGUGAAGGAAGCUGUAAAUGUUUCUCAAACAAGCCGACACUGUCUUUAGAGGCCGUUUUUUGAAUUUGUGUUUUUCAAAGAAAGUUUGUCCUGAGCAACUAAGGGAGGGUCUUAUCUUAACACAAAGUGCUCAGUUGUUGCUAUCAAAACCCAUUUCCAGAGUGUCACACCCUAUAAAGGGUUUCUAUGAAGCAGUCGAAUCUGUGUAAAGCUGUUUAUAUUCCAGUGUAAGGUCAUGAAGAAACAAGAGGUGCCUCGAGUAAUGGAAUAUUACAUUUUUACUUUUAGGUUUCAUAGAAAACAAAACAAACUAUGCAUUUAGUUCUUUAUUUGGUUGACAUGAUUUGCUGAACAGAAGUUGUUGCAAUAAUAUUUUGGCCUGAAUGGUAAUUUGAAUCUGUUUUAUGUUCUGAAUUUGAUUAGUACAUGUUUAUCAAGCUAUUAAUUAUGGUUAUAGGUCAGUUUACAGUUUUUUUUUUUGUUUGUUUGUUUUCAUUUCAUUGACAAAUUCAUGCAUUACUACAACAACCAACAACAAUAUACUUCCUUUGCCUCUUAAAUAUUUUUGAACCAAAUAUGAAUUAGUUUUCUCAAAACAAUUGAAACUAAAUAUUAUUAUAUUCUUAUAUCCAAUAUGCAUUGCAUUGCAUAUGCAAAAACUGGAUUUGAUUAUAACAUUGCAUAUAGUUUUUGUUUUGUGAAAUGGUUGGAUAUGUUACAUUUUUUACAGUAUUAAAAAGAGUAAAACACAUCGUUUUAUUUUUUAUUCAGUUUUUAUUCCCUUAAUAGAGUAACUCUGUAAGGACUGUAAGAAUGUUUUUAAUUAUAGAUGGGUAGGAAAAGUAAAUAAGUGGUGAGGAAUUAGAAGUAGGGGGCAUUUUUUGGUUGAACUGAACUCUGCGAUAUGUUUCAGUAUCAUCCGUCCACAUCAAGGCCACAUCAUCUCAGACCAUCUGCUCUGGCCUAAUAACAUUCAUGUUUCUGUUGUUGUUUAACUGAAUGAUUCGAGUAGUUAAGCUACCGAUAGCUGCACUGGGAUGUUGUCUAAGAACUGCUUUACACUGGGUUUAACUGUGAAAUAUGACGUGAUUGUGAUGAGGGGCCACACAACUCCCUCUGAAGGCAACCUCACAAACCUAUCAUGAGCUCUUCCAAUGUUCCGCUGUAAAACUUUUCUUUAUUAAAAAAAAACAACAACAACGACAACAUUAGGGAAUGGGAAUAUUUAUUUCUUUUAUUUUGUCAUAUUUUUGUAAGAACUGAAAUGGGAUAAUAAACAGAUUUCAAUUUA